CAAGCACAGACACGAAGCAGCGGAACGACCGUGGCCAUGCGCCAUGCCCCGCCGCGCGGUGCAGCCGGCAGAACGCUCUCCGAAGCGGAGAAAAAAGGCGAAGAAGGCCAAGAAGGCCAAGAAGAGAAGCAGCUCCAGCUCAGACUCCAGUGAGGAAAGAGAGGAAGCUGCACAUGUGCAGGGCUUCCAUGCGAACGCAUGGGCAGGCUACUGGGCGACGGUGGCAUAUAGCCAAUGGGCUCAGGCCUAUAGCUAUAGCCGUCCAACUGCAGGCACUGGACACGUCAGGGAAAAUGAAUGAGUUGAAGGUAGUUUGUUGUUUGGGAUGUUUUGGGUGGUUGUUUUUGCCAUUUUGAUUGGAAGAUUCUCUUGAGACAUCCAGUGAAUCAGGUGAACAUAUGAAGCAAGUAGUGAAGCAAGUAUAGGCACGGGAAGCAGCGACGGGGCAGCUUCAUGGCAAUGACACAGCAUGAUGGCAUAUGAUCGCACAAUGUGUUUGAAUGCACAGACUUGUUGAUCUUGGUGUUCUGCACGGUAGGUUGUGGUUGAUGUGUCUAGGCUCUAUACAAGAAUGGAGUGCACCAUGGGCAACAUAUCACAAAAGGCCAGCAUCCAAGAGCGAGCUGCCACCAAAACGCUCGGACGCCAAGGUUUCCCCCAUGUACUAGCAGCGGCUGCUAGUUCUGCACCCACGGAAGCGCCUGCGUCCGUGUCAACAUUCCUUGAUGGUGGCAUUGAGGAGGUGGUCGAGGUGCCCCGCUCAGAGAUCGCCCGGGUGAUCGGCAAACGUGGCAGGACCAUUGCAGAGGUGCGGUCCAAGAGCGGUGCUUGGAAGGUGGAUGCCCGGGACCAGGAGGAGGAUCCUUGCCAAGUGAAGAUUGAAGGCCCUCCUGAGGCCGUGCAAAAAGCCAAGGAACUCAUACGCGAGCUGUCCAGACCCAUGUCCGAGAGAUAUGCGGGGCAGCAAUACGUGGACAUCUCGCAGGGGCAGAUUGGCAAAGUCAUCGGUACCAAAGGCGCCCGCGUCCUGGAAAUCGAGCGCCAGACCGGCGUGAAGAUCGAUGUUGACUACAGCCGUGCCCCCUGCCGUGUCUUCCUCACUGGGAGCGACGCGCAAGUGCGCUUGACGAAGCGAUUGCUGCAGGAGAUUGCCAAUGAGCAUUGAGCAGAGCCGAGCGCCGAGUGCAGAGAGAAAA